AUGGCAUUCAAGUUUGUAAUCGCCGGAGCAGGCGUCGCGGGCUUGACAUUGGCCAACAUGUUGGAGAGGCUUGACAUCGACUACAUUGUGCUGGAAGCAUACCGCCAAAUUGCACCACAAGUUGGUGCAAGCAUAGGCCUGUUUCCGAAUGGUCUACGCAUUUUGGACCAGAUCGACUGUUACGAGCCCAUCAGGAAGCUAGCUCAGUGUGCCUUGAAAGAAGGCUACAAUCGCGACAAAUCUGGCAAACCCAUUUCCAGCAUGGAGAACAUGUCCGAGCACAUGAUACGACGACAUGGCUACGAACCUCUGUUCUUCGACCAUCAAAUGCUCUUGCAGAUUCUGUAUAAUCGACUACAACACAAAGAAAGAGUGCUGCCAAACAAGCGAGUUGUCAAGAUCGAUCACGUCGAAGGGGGCGUAAAUGUGACGGCCGCAGACGGCGAAGUAUUCACUGGCACGCUGAUUGUUGGAGCAGAUGGCGUCCACAGCACCGUCCGAGGUGAGAUGAUCAAGAUGGCCAGGGAGCUACAGCCGGAAGAGUUUGGUCCCGAUGAGAAUGAGCUUGUGCCAUGCUAUUAUAAUUGCAGCUUCGGAAUUGCGCAAAACGUCCCAGGCUGGGUUCCAACGGAGCAGAACAUCGUUUUGGGUGAGGGCAACUCACUCUUGGUCGUUUCCGGGCCCGAUAAUCGGGUCUAUUGGUUUAUUUUUGAGAAGCUGCCAGAGGUCAAGUACGGCAGCAAUAUUCCCGAGUAUAGCAAGGAAGACGAGGCCGAGUUUGUCAAGAAGAACAUCAACCUGCCGAUUACUGAAAAGGUAACCUUUGGUCAGGUGUUCGCAAAACGCAACUCGUCAACCUUAACGCCUCUACACGAGUUUGUGUACAAGAAGUGGUUCUUCAAAAGAAUCAUCUUGCUUGGAGAUUCGGCCCACAAGCCAAAUCCUAUUGGUGGACAGGGUGGCAAUGGUGCCUUGGAGUCUAUGGCCGAACUCAUCAAUGCCACUUUGAGAAAGAGGGCUCAGCGAGAUGGAAGCCUGGAUAGCCUAUCCGACCAGGAUAUCGAGGGUAUUUUCAAGGAAACUCAGGCUCCUAGGCAUGAGCGUGCUGACCUGAUCGUUCGGCUUGCCCACGAGGUGCAGGCUUUGAACGCCUUUGAGAACCCUGUUCUCUCUACACUUGUGUGGGAAGUCCUGGCACCUCAUCAGGGCACCGAGUUCGGUUUGAACCAAGUCAGCACAGCCUUUAUGGGCGUCUCAACGCUGAAUGACUUCCCAGUCCCUUACCGACCCCGAGCUAUCCCGUACGACGAUGAACUCCCGGCAACUCCUAUUGGCGUCCAGCAAUCGAAGAUUGUCCGCAACGUCUUUAUCAGAGGAAUGGGCUUCAUCUUACUGGUCACUAAAAAGGCCUUCCGCCUACCACUUCCUGAGCUGACUACGUGGGGAGAAACCAGCAUCAUCGAUCUAUCGUGGCCAACUGGCGGAUUCUCGCGAGAGUUUUUAAACUCUCUGGUAUCGGUUUUCUCAAUCCCGCUGGUGGACAAAGACCCAGCUCCUAGAAUUCACCUCAUUAACUUCCUCACUCAGCUCAUAUCGCCGAUUUUUAUCUACACCAUCGAGGGAUAUCGUCUGGGCAACCAGGGAACCAUUUUGUCUCUACCUUCCAUCUUCACAGGAGCUAUGCAGCUUCAAGGAAUUGGACGCAUGGCACCACUGCACGGGAUAAUGAGUGCUUUCUUCGCUCAUCAACUUCCGACGGGCCGUGCUGUCCCUACAGAAGUGGCGAAUGUGUUGACGACCGCGCUGACCUUUGGAUACUUGUUACCGACUAUCCUAUCUUUCUCACCUUCAUCUAACCUGCACAGUUGGCAAAACUGGGUUGCGCUUUGGCAAUUCGCACCCCCUCUAUUCAAUGUGCUGACCCAUGUUUUCUCUACUGGCUUGAGGAGAUGGCAACGUGGCAGCAAAUCCAAGGAACAGUACGAAAAGGAGCACAUUUUCGACCGCUACAAGACGCAUGAUGUGGGAGCUCUCAAAUCGGUGUACACGUUCGCAUUCGCUGUGCAGUCGACGUCGCACAUUGCCACCAUUGCGUACGCAUGGGCUCACCCAGAAAUUUCCAUCUUCAAGAUGUUUUUCGACGUGCCAAAUCCUUUCAAGGCUACGUGGUCGCUUCCGAGCCUCAGCGAGAAGAUUGCUGUCUUUUUCAAGUACGAUAUGCUCACUGCUGUCACCGCCAUCUCAGCUAGCAAUCUCUACUCUGUAUGGACUCUUCGUCGCCAGGGAUACAUCAAGACUGGCGAGGCAAUUAAAGCUGCCAUUGGCGUUGUCGCUGGGCAGUUCUUGGUUGGCUCAGGCGCUACCUGGGCGGCAUUGUGGCAUUGGCGUGAAUCGAAGCUUAGAGGGCUCAGCACAAUCAAGGAGCACUCCAACGAAAACCAAGUCACCUUAGCACGAAAGACGACCCCGGACUAG